AUGAAAAUAAAAAUUGGACUAUUUGUUGGAUAUGAUGGAUCUAACUAUUAUGGAGCACAAUUUCAAAAAGAAGAAAGACUUGAUUCUAUAAUGAGAGCAAUUAUAAACACACUUCUCAAAUAUUAUUGUAUUAAAGAAUCUAAUUCUACAGAUCCUAAGAAAAUUGGUAUGAAAUGCACAUCAAGAACAGAUAAAGGUGUGCAUGCCCUUCUAAAUGUCUUUCAGUGUAAAGUAGAAAGGAAUAUUUUAGUUGAUAAAGAACUUUAUAACAAUAUAAAGGAAGAUUUGGGCAAAAAAAACAUUUACUUAUAUAAAGUAGUAAAAAUAACAAAAUCUUGGUUGGGACAUAAAUCAGUUAGUACAAGAAUAUACAAUUAUUUUAUUCCUGUUGAUGUACUUAACAAUGAAAUUAAAAAGUUUAAAACAGUUUUUGAUAAAUUUAAAGGAAGACACUCAUUUCAUAAUUUUACUGAUGUUUCAAAAGUAAAAGUAGAUUUUUAUAGAAAUAUUGUUGCUAUUGAUUAUAGUGAAGUUAAUUAUAAGAAUAGAAAAUAUCUUAAGAUUAAUUUAACUGGCAAUAGUUUUAUAUUACACCAAAUAAGAAAGAUGGUAGGUACAGCUAUUUGUUUAACAAUUAAUUCAUCAAUAAGUGUAAUUGAUAGUAUAUUUACUGAUAUGUUUUUACCUGAUAAAAUUUAUCACACUCCUCUAGCACCAUCUGAAUAUUUACUUCUAUGUGAUAUUAACUUCUUUACUAAUAGUUUUAAGAAUACAAAUAACGAUAUCAUUCAAUUAGAAAUUACUAAUGAAGAGAAACUAAAGUUUUUUGAUGAAUUUUUAGCAGAUAAAAUUUUUAACGAAUCUAACAAUAAGAAGUGGAAUGAGUUUUUUGAAAACUUUAACAAAUUUAAAAGAUUUGAUUACUUACGUAAUUUAAUUUAA